UGUUUCCAUGAUGUAACUGAUCUCCUUCCCUCUCCACCCCUUCCCUUGGUGGAGGGGAAGCGCCCGGGGAGCUGUCCGCGGUCCUGCAAGCGUACCAUGGUGGAGACCUUAACGGUGGCUGUCCUGGGGGCCCCGAAAGUGGGCAAAACGGCCAUCAUCCACCAGUUCCUCUACCACGACUUUACAGAGAUAUACAGCCCGACGGAAUGCCGCUACACCUACAGGCCCUCGGUCAUUUUCAACGGGAACAUGUAUGACAUGAAGGUCAUGGAUGUGCCCUAUUUAACAGCCUUCCCUGUAAACAGUGCUCAGGAAUGGUCAGACCUCAAGAGCCGAGGGCUGAGGAACACAGAUGCCUACGUGCUGGUGUAUGACAUCUGCAAUCCCGAAAGCUUUGAAUAUGUGAAAAUGAUCCGGCAGCAGAUACAAGAAAACAGGACAAGCAGUGCCAACGAAGCACCCAUCAUUGUGGUGGGGAACAAGCGGGACCAGCAAAGGCAGCGCUUCAUGUCCCGACGGGCCCUUUCAGUGCUUGUGAAGAAAAGCUGGAAGUGCGGCUACAUGGAGUGCUCAGCCAAAUACAACUGGCACAUCACUCUUCUCUUUAAGGAGCUGCUAUGCAGCGCUUUGGCCCGGGGCUGCAAGAACAACCACUCCACCAUGCGCCUGCAGGGGGCGCUGCACAGAAACAGGUGCAGCGUUAUGUGAAAAGACACAUUUCUUCUUCCGGUGGCAAGCGGGUCAUGUGCUCUUCUGGGGGCUUCUGAGUAGGGGGUUCUGGAUUUGGGGGUCAAAUCCAGGUGGUCCAUUGUGGUCGCAGUAGCCGCGUGGAAGGGCUGUGGAGUCACCACUGGCCAAGAAAGCAACCUUAUUAGGAGACUAGGCUUUGGUAGCUGCUUCCUGUAGAGGACUUACGGUGUCCUUAAGGGUGGUAGAAUGGGAGGCAGAUGGUUCUGCAGCACAGGCCACUGAAAUAACAGGGGCUGGCCCAAAGUAUGGUAAUGUAUUUCAAUAGGGUUUGUGCCAGAGAAACUCCCAGUGUGCAUAAGCAGAGAGGAUAGGUGGAGAAUUAUAUUUGGGUUUUUUAUGUUGAGUGUCACAAUAUUUCAGGAUGACUGCUCUGCAAUGGAACCCCAAGAGUCAUGGUUAGAUAAGCAGAGAGCUCCUUAAAGUGGCCCAACUUAGUCUGAGGGGCCAUCUAGUCCAGUAAAUCUUUUUUGCACGGUGAGACUCCCUCCCCAGAAGAUCACAAGCAAGGCAUGAAGUCAUGACCCAAUCCCCUAGCUUCCAGGGGGCAGACUUCUCCUGAACAUGGAGGCACUAUUGAGCCACCUGUGGCUGAGAAAAUGAACUUGGAAGAACCAAAGGCCCAUCCCAUCCGGAAUCCUGUUUCCAGCAACAUCUGGCAAGCUGCCACCUGGAAUCCUUCAAGCAGAGGAGAAACUCAUGACCUCUGCUCACUUUGGCAUGUGGAUUUCUAAAUCAAAAGGACCCUCCAGCAUUUGAGGCAGUGCAGCUCCAACUGCUGGCAGAGGGCAAAUGGCAUAUGACUGUUAGAUCAUUCAGCUGGCCUCUUUUGGAAACAUUGGUCUGAUCAAGGAAAGCAAGUCUUGGGAUGUUUCUGCCUUUUUGCUCAAGGGCAGGGCUAGCCCGAACUAUUUUGCUGCUUGCAGGGGCCAAACCAACCCCUCAUUUCCCAUCCUGAGACACUCAAGCACAGUCAGGGCCAGGUGCUGCUGGGGUUGGCCAUUCCAGUAAGCAAGACAAGACAAGAGCCCCUUGCAGUUUUCCUAUCCCUGACUGACCAAAAGCUCCAGCUAGCCACACACAGAGUUAUCUGGCUCUUUGCAUGUUGCCACUCAUCCCUUGAAUGCACGGGUCUGAAUGAAGCA